GCUCAGAGGAAACAGGAGGAGCUCAGACAGACCACAAACCAUAACGGGACAAAAGAGACCAAUAUACAGUCUGCUCCAAACCAGCACGGAACAGGAAUUUGAUUUAACCAAGGACUUCUUCAACAUUAAAAGGACAAUCAGAAAAAGAGAAGAAGAAAUAGACCACAAAGAUCUGACUCAGGUCUGAACAGGAGAUGAUCUGAGUUUUAACCAGGAAUAAAUCUAAAACUAAAAACGAAACUGGGACUGUUAAAAUAGUACCACCGGAUUAUGCUUCUGACAGAAAAUCUAAAUUAUUCUAGCAACAUUUUGGACAGACGCAGAUGAGAGAAUGAACCAAGAUCUAAGAUGGAACAUAUCAAGAAGGACGCUGAAGUUCUGAGAGAGACAUUUGGACGAUAACUCAAGAACAGAGGAAUAAAAACUGCUAUUUUUGCAGAAUGGAUGAGACAUCGGUUCAACAGAAUAAGACAAGUGUGGACCAAUCAGAAUCGAUCGUCGCUCAGCCAACAGCCAAUGGGAUCCUGCCACAUCACGACACAGACCAGGCCGCGCCCCCUGGUCUGGAUGGGUCAGAGGACUGCAACAUCAGCAGCGGGUGCUCGGCGACGGACAGUUUAUCGUCCAGUGACAACACUCAGCUUCUUCUUGGCUCCUCCCCCUCCUCCCAACCACAGACAGUAGAAAACAGUUCCAGCAGUUCCCUUCAGGAUCGUCAUCAAAAAGUCAAUCAGAGAAACACAAGCCCCGCCCCCAAUAUGACCGACGCCCACAUCAAACAAGCGGCAGAAGGAGACUGUUGUGUUCACUGUUUGCUGGCCUGUCUCUUCUGUGAGCUCUCGUCUCUGUGCUCGGCCCUGGUUCAGUGUCUGCUCUGUGGAGGGGGCGCGGCCUGUGCAGAGAUGGGCGGGGCCUGCUGUUGUUCGGACGCUCUGAUUGGCUGUUGCUGUCUGGAUGCGGGAUGCACAGAUGAGUGUGGAGUCAUAGAAACCUGCUGUGGAUCUGCAGACUGUCUGGAGAUCUGCCUCGAGUGUUGUUCUAUCUGUUUCCCCACAUGAACCAGAACUAAACCGGGACUGAAACCGGCCUGAACCAGUUCGGGGCCAAAGAUAAACCAAGUCUAAACCAGGUCCAGGCCAGGUCUGAACCAGGAAUAAAACAGGACUUAAACAGGGCUGAACCAGUUCUGGACCAAAGAAAAAACAAGUCCAAGCCAGAUCUGAACCAGGACUAAAAAUGGUCUAAACCAGUUCUGGACCAAAGCUAAACCAAGUUAAAAUCAAGUUUAAACCAAGUCCAAGCCAGUUCUGAACCAGGACUAAAACCGGUCUGAACCAGUUCUGCACCAAAGAUGAACCAAGACUGUACCAAGUCUAAACCAGGUCUGAACCAGGACUAAGCCAAGUCCAAGCCAGGUCUAAACCAAGACUAAACAUGGGAACAAAGUAAUUUAAUAAAAUGUUCACAAUGUCUGACAAUUAAAUCUAUCUCCAUGGAGACAAGCUGGCGACUUUACAAGGACAAGUUACAGGUCAGAUCUGUGGUGAGGUGACCCUGCUCAUACAGGACGCUGGCAUUUCAAGGUAUUUUGAAGCAGCUGUAAUGAAACAAAAGCAGAAAAACAUUCUUAAUGCCAUACUGUGGAACAUUCUUCAUUGGCAAAAGAAUAACACCUCCACAAAGACAGGCAGGUAUAGGAGACACUUUAUCAGAAAAGUUACAUAGUGCAAAGAUUUUCCAACUAUAAUGACCCAAUUACCCAAUAAUCCCUCUGUAAGAACCACAGACUGUAUAAAGAAGUGGAGUGAGUGAGUGUGACUUCACCCACAGCGUUCGGCUCCAGUCAAACGACGCUCAUGAUGCCAGCCAUUACAGGGGCGAAAUUGGAACCAAGGUCAAUAUUAUGAACAGGAUUUUUUUAACAGACAAAACAGUGAAAUAAAAACACCAGCAUCAUGUAGAGCGGGUUAAUACGAACAUUUUAAGACUACAUUAUGAAGGCUCACAGCAGCAGGUACAGAGAGUGAGAGAGUGAGUGACAAUAUUAUAAUGUAAACAGAGGCAACAGUAGGCAGGGUCCCCAAUCAACUGCCCUCAGUGCCACUAAUGGCCAAGGCGUCAGAGCAAUUAGAUUUUCUCUCAAUAUGACAUUAAAUGAGAGUAGUUUACUUUUAAACAAAAAAUAAAUAAAUAAAAUCAUCAGAAUUGUAAAUGACUGUCAAAUCUAUUUCAACUGUCAAAGCAUCCCCCCCUUUCACAUUAGAACGGACGAAUCAGCUUGACCCUGAUUUGAACAUAAUCAUAGCAUAAUCAUAAUCAUAUAUAAUGGAUGUAAACAAAAAUGUAAUACUAGCAAAAAAAAUGAAACUACUUUCAGCUCUGGUUAUCUAUAGUCACGCUGGUGCCACCUAGUGCCUCCACACAAUUUCAUUUCUCUCCAGCGACUAGGUCAGGAAUCUACAAACCGGCCAAUCAGUGAAGAGCCAUACAUUCUGUGUUGGCAACGAUUCCUGAGAUUGAGGAUUUAAAGCCGGAACAAAGAGAAUGUUUGAUGAAUUUUAUCAAGGGGAAAGAUGUUAUUGCCCUUGUUCCUACAGGAUUUGGUAAAGGCUUAAUAUACCAGUUAUCCCUGUUAGUGGUGCAUUACAUGCGUCACGACCAAAUAGCAAUGAUUGGUUAAAUUAAAAAAAGAACCCGUCUACCGCUGAGCGAAGGGAUCCUAAUGCUGCGAGGUCAGACAGUUUUCACGGAGUGAAACUGGCUAAUGAAUCAGCUCUGGUUAUCUAGUAGGCUCCCUAACUAAUAAGACAAUCCACCAUAAUUCAAAUAGAGAUGUGCGUGUCUCAAGAACAAUGGGGCAAAAUAGAUAAUAAAUAAAUAAAAUGGUGCAUUAUAGUGAGGGCGCCAAACUCAAGUUCACCCAGGCCCCCAAAUUGUUAACUCUGCCACUGAAUGUAAGUCAAUAGGAGCUAGGGUCAGAAGGAACCGGAAGAGCCCUCAUGCGAACUUCCUAUUUGGAAUCCUGCGGCUUGUGUGUCCAUUUAUAUUUACAGUUAAGAGUUCACCUCCUGCUGUUAUUAACAACAUAGCAUGUUUAUGUAGAAAAUAAAAUCUGUUUACAUCUAUUCACAAAUCAAGGUAAAAGGCACAAUGGCAAAAUGAACAGAACCACAGAGUUGAACCAACAACCCCCCCAUGCUCCCUGUUCUUCUGUGAGAACAUUCAGGCUGAUGUGAGAACUCAAGGGCAGGAGGCAGUGUUCAGGAAACAAUGCCUGUUGUGUUAUGUACUCGGUCACAGGAUAUCACUGUCUGUUCCUCAGGUUUUGUAUUUUUGAUGUUGCCAGAGGUCGAAGAUCACUGCUAGCACACUGUACUUCCUGUUUCCUGUUUGGACGCACUUCAGGCCCGUCCCAUAAAUCUGCAGUGAGGAGAGAGGCAGGUUCUGUCCACUCCCUCUCCCCUGCUGUGGGCGUGAUUGACAGCUGAGAAAUCUACAAACUGAGCAGAUUUGCUGUGGCAGUGGGGCCCCCUUCCUGUUUUUCUGUCUCCUAAAGUGACUCCGCUUCUCUUUGCACACGACAAUAAAAAUCAAUGUCAACGAUUCAAGGAAAAUAGGAUGGGGCCCUCUGCCUUAGAUGACCCCUACUGUGCCUGUACACUGUAUUUAUAAAUGAACGCGUUCCAAAUAGGAAGUGAGCGUGGGGGCACUUCCCUCUCCACUGACUCUGGCUCCAAUUGACUUAACAAUGAAAAACUGUCACCUGUCUCUGUAACUGCUGCAGUGAACCUUGUCUUAAAAUGUUCAUAUUAAGUCUCUACAUGAUCCUGGUGUUUUAUUUAGCAAUUUUGUCCGUAAAUAAAUUUGUAAUAUGGAACUUGGCUCCAAAUUUGCUCCUGUAACUGAGUUUCAUUUGACUAGAGCCGAGCGCAAGGGGUGACGUCACACUCACUUUGUCCACUUCUUUAUACAUCACAAGGUGGUACAGUGUUUUCUGUUUGAGAUGCAGAGUUUGUGUGUUAAACAUGUGUGAAAGAAACAAAACACAACUCUGAGUAGGUUUUUGAUGCAUAAACAACAUUAUAACACAUCAGAAAAUAUUGUAUUAUGGGCCCUUUAACAAGUCGUCACUGUGCUCCUCUGUCUCCCUCUGGUGGUUUCACUGACAUGGAAACUUGUUGCGAUCCAAAACUCUAACGCCAGAACUUCUGUGGUCUGGAAUAUGUUACAACAGCGCCACCUGGUGAUGAUAUGAAGCAUAAAAGUAUACAGACUGACCUUGUCUCAACUGUACUUGUAAACACUUGUUUGUUAAAAUUACUAAACAACUGUGAUAAAAAAAAUAAAAUAAAAAAAAAGACGCUAAAUGACUUGACAUGAGCUACAUUAAUUUAAUAUUUUUAUUUAUAAGUGCUCCUAAGGGACAAAUGAAAGUGAACCGGGACAGAAGAGUGUGAUAAUGGUCUUGUGCUUUUUCAUACUAAAACAAGAAUAAUGUGUGACUAUAAAUAAAGCAAGCAAAUCAAAGCA